AUGGCCACCGUAAGCACCCAACUGUCAAUACUAUCACUAUUCUUCAUACUCACUUCCAUUCCAAUCCCAUCAUUCGCUUGUCCUCUUCAUCAGAAACAAGCACUUCUCCGAUUUAAAUCCACCGUCACCACCAUCUUCAAAGCCAAUUCCGAUCCCACCUCCGUAGAUUACAUUCCAUUCGUAGAACUCGAUUCAUGGAAUCGUAGUUCCGAUUGUUGCUCGUGGGACCGUGUCAAAUGCAGCAGAACCAGAAAUGUAACGGAGCUCCACCUAGACACGGUCGUUCCAAUGUUUGCCGAUCCGGUUCCUGUGUACUCUGAUAUCUUGACUCCCCUUUUUCGAAUCCGAUCACUGAAACUACUCGAUAUCUCGAUGAAUUCAUUGCAAGGAGAGAUUCCAGGAGAUGGGUUCGGUAAUCUCACCGGACUGGUUCACCUUGACAUGAUGCAGAACAGCUUCAAUGGCUCCAUCCCCGGCCAACUUUUCCGGUUAACGAAUUUACGUUACUUGGACAUGAGCAACAAUUUGCUCAAAGGCGAACUAGCACCUCAACUUUUUCAACUUGAAUCUCUUCGAUUUCUUGAUCUAAGCAACAAUACCCUCCAGGGAACUUUAAGCUCAGAAGUUGGUAAGCUUCGAAAUCUUGAAUCAUUGAGGCUGAAUGACAAUUCCCUUUCGGGAAGCAUCCCGGAAGAGAUCGGAAAUUUAAAGAGGUUAAGAGAUCUUUCUCUCGGAAAGAAUAACUUCUCCGGCGGAAUCCCGACUUUAAUUCUACACCUAAAGGAGCUGCAAUCACUGGAUUUGUCGAGAAAUUCUCUCUCCAUGCAAAUUCCGGCCGGCAUAGGAAGACUUUCCAACAUGAAGACACUUGAACUGAGCAGCAACCAGUUAACGGGUCCGAUACCGUCAUCAAUGCGAAACUUGACCAAAUUGGAAUCCUUACGGCUGACGAAAAACAAGCUCGCCGGAGAAAUCCCAACGUGGUUAUUCAAAAUCAGCACAUUGAAGGAACUGUUCAUCGGAGGAGAAGGGAACAACUUGAUUUGGAACAACAAAGCAAAGAUUGUUCCCAGAUGUAGGCUACGACAGAUCUCUCUGCCUUCCUGUCAAAUUUCCGGUCAAAUUCCUGAAUGGAUUUCAUCGUUCAAAAAUUUGGAUUUUCUUGAUUUGACCGAUAACCAAUUGGAGGGAAAGUUCCCGGAUUGGCUCGCCGAGAUGGACGUCGGAAGCAUAAUCCUCUCCGACAACAAUUUCACCGGAUCACUCCCACCUCGCCUAUUUCAAUCUCCAAGGUUAUCGAUUCUUUCAUUGUCCCGUAACAACUUUUCCGGCGAGCUACCGGAUAAUAUAGGUAACGCAAGUGGGAUUAUGAUCUUUGUGUUGUCCGGAAAUAAAUUUUCCGGACAAAUUCCGGUGUCCAUAUCUAAUAUCUAUCGACUACUGUAUUUGGACUUCUCCAGAAAUCAAUUUUCUGGCGAAGUCCAUGUUUUUGGACAUAAUCCUCUUCUUGGUUUCAUUGACUUGUCCUAUAACGAGUUCUCCGGUAAGAUUCCGACGACUUUUCCUAAAGAAAUCCUAAUGAUUUCUUUGGGUGGGAAUAAGUUUUCCGGCGACUUGCCUUGGAAUUUGAGUAACUUGGUCAACCUCGAACUUCUUGAUCUCCAUGACAACGAUGUUAAAGGAAAUUUGCAGGAUAUUUUGCCUCAAAUCCCGACUCUUCAAGUUCUAAGCCUAAGAAACAAUUCCAUUGAGGGAUUUAUCCCGAGAACAAUCUCCAACCUCACGUCUCUCCGGAUUCUUGAUCUUUCCGAGAACAACUUAACUGGAAGUAUUCCACAAGAAAUGGGAAGCUUUGCGAGAAUGAUCAACACUCCAAAAAAUGUCUUAGCACCCAUAGACGUUUUCACCUUUUUCAUCAAAUUUUCUGACUUGGUACUGAACUGGAAGAGCUCUUUUCAAGGCCUAUCGAGUCGUUACCUUAACAUCUACUCUUUCUUGGAUUUAUCGGAAAACAGAUUAUCCGGCAAAAUUCCAGCUUCGUUAGGCAAUCUCAAAGGCCUAAAAUUGCUCAACGUUUCACACAACAACAUCUCGGGACUUAUUCCAAUGUCUUUCGGCAACAUGCAGAGCCUGGAGACAUUGGAUUUGUCACACAACAUAAUCUCGGGUUUGAUUCCUGAAUCACUAACUAAAUUGGAUCAGCUCGGGAUCCUAGAUGUGAGCAACAACAGGCUGACAGGUAAGAUUCCCGUGGGUGGGCACAUGAGCACAUUGACCGAGUCGAUGUAUUAUGCCAACAACAGUGGAUUAUGCGGCAUGCAGAUCAGGAUCAAAUGUGCUGAGGAUAUCUCACCGUCUAAACCAAAGGAGAAGGAAGACAAGAACCAGUCAUUGAUUUCGUGGGAGACAACUUUGAUCGGUUUUCCAGUUGGGUUUUUCGCAACAAUCUUUAUGAUGGCAUACUCACUGAAUUUUCUACAUAUGUUCAAAUUUUGGUGA